GUCUUCAUGAUCUUUGUCAUCGUGACUCGGCUCAGCUGCUUCAUCAACAGUCCUCUAAUGGGAUUUGGCGAAAGAGAAAUGUCAUCUCAUCCAGAUCAUGAGACCAAUGCCGUCCUGAGAGCUUCCCAUCUGCCUCUGGUUCACUCAGCGUUACAGAUGGUGACUUCCAUGUACUCCGGGGUCAAAGGUCGCUACCGUCUGCUGGGUCUGAUGGGAGGAAUGGCCGAGGUCGGAGUUCGCAGCUUUUCCCAAGAGGCCAUGAGACGAGCCACGCCCCUCCUGCAGAGUUUGGAGCCACAGAUCGAAGUUGCCAACAGUUUUGCUCUCGUUGGUCUUGAUCACCUGGAGAAAAACUAUCCAAUCCUGAACCAGUCAACAGACGAGGUUAUGAAUCACCUGAAGGACGCCUUCUUCCUGACCCUGGAUGACGUGCAGCUGUGGGUGGUGGACGGCCUGGACGCAGCUCUGGAUCAGCUGGAGCGUCUGGCUGACGUAGGUCGGGUGACUGUGCAGCAGCUGCAGAACACUCAGGUGGGCCAGGCCGCCAUGUCGGGACUUGAUGAAGUGCUGAGUCGCCUGGAGGAUGCCACCGCCUACUACCUGCCCCUCCCACCCACACUGCGUCAGGAAUGGGAGCUGAGGGUGCAGCAGUACGAGAGUGAAGACAACGGCGAUGAGCCCAGUAUGUGGACGAGGGUCCGCAGCCUCCUGCUGACUCUCAGCCUGCAGCUUUAUCACCGCCUGAUGAAGAUCAGAGAGCAGCUGCAGAGAGUCGUCAGGACCAUGGGAGACGCUGCCGACAAGGUUGGUCUGCUUCAGGUCCUCAAGUUGUCCAGCGACCUGCUGCAAUUCCUGCAGGGCCUCCUGGUGGCGCUGGUGUACCAAGCAGAGGCCCUCAGAGAGGCCUCUCUGAAUGCGGUCAGAGUUCGGGCGACCAUGUUGGCAGAGCUGCGCGUGGUUCGUCAGGUCCGAGGAGUACCGGUCCAAAUCCAGGAGCUGCUUCAAGAGCUGAGGGAAGUAGCCAAGAUCAUCCUGCAGCUGGUGGUCAACACCACACCACUUUACAACAUGCUACAGAAGCCAUCUCCUCAGGAGGUGGAGGAAUUCCUGAACCAAGAGGAGCUUGUAUCUGACAACUCGUCUCGUCGCGGCUCGACUAACAGCCUCUUCCUGAAGGCCAUGGACGGCCGCCCUCGCCGCCGCCGGAGCCUGCACUCCCGCGCCGCACGAGGCUCCGGUGGUCCUGCGAGCCCCGACCCUCCCAAUGGCCGUCGUCGCUCGAGCCUGAAGGAGCCCCAAGCCUCAGAGGUGGAGGGCACGCCCCUCCCUUCCGAAGGCGCCGCCCCUCGACGGCCAUCUGCCGCCGAGCUGCUCCUCGCCCCGCUCAAACAGUUCGUCUCCCAGAGCCAGAAGGCCUUCGAGUACCUGACCCCCAACUCCUCCGAAAAUGCCGCCAACGAUACAGAAACAGCCGACUCCUAAACACCACGCUGAGGUUUGACCCCACCCUCAUCCCCCACCGACCGCGACCUUUGACCCCGACCCCCGAGCGAUUACAGCCCGCCACCUCAGUCCUGGAUGAUCAGAUGAACCUGCCUCAGCUGCUGCUGGUUUGUGCGUUCAUGUUCAGCCGCAGAGCCGUCACCAAAUUAUCAUUUGAUCGCUGACGCCUUUCUCGCUGAGGACAGGCGGCAACAUGCAAAACCUACAACACGAAGAUUUUCUAUAGUUUUAGUUCCUCAUUAAUCUGAAAUUUGAUCCACUGAGGCCAAAUGUGUAGAAUCAGCCCAAACAGCCAGAUUUACAUUGAACAAUGUUCGAAGAACAUAUUUAUUAUUGUUCAUUGUAAUGUCAUGGAUGAAGUGUUUAAAGGCAGGUUUAAGUUCAUGUUUUAGUUCAUGUUUUCCAUACUGCCAUAUCUUUCAGGAGGUUCUUAAGACAGGAGAAAUAAAAAUGGGCCCAAGAACGAUACGUGUGGGACGCCUCCCAGAAAAACAGUCACAUGAACCUAGAGUAUCAACCUGCAUCAAUGUAAUUCCAGAGAAAACUCAGUAAUUAGGUUUAAUUGGGUUUAAUGUCGAGCCACAAAGUCCCAAAAAAAUCCCUCAUCUGUUUCACAUUUAGCAGAAAAUGUUCUAUAUUUAUUUCACAAUUCUUUCCAAUAUGUUAAAUGUAUAAAUGUAUGCUGUUCAUAAUCUGCUUUGCUUAGUAGAAGAAAAGCCUUUAGCCACAUUUCAUAACCUUUUUCCAGUCACGAAGUUCAUGAGAUGUGACUGAAAGCUGUUUGGUUUUUGGGUCAACGUGCAGCUUGGUUAUGAUUUCAUUUUGUGUUUUGCUCCUAAUAAUCAAGCACUGAUGCAAAGUAGUGAUGAAGGGUCUGUGUUGUUGGUUGGAGAUGUGUGGAUGGCUUUGAUACCAAGACUUGUUGGGUAGACGAAUGUUCACGAAGUUCUGAAUUUUAUCAUCUAAAACAAAGAGAGAUGCAGUAGAAUCUAGUGAAGGUGAUCAGUGGUGGUUGUAAAUGUCCAAAAUAUCGAGCACUUUGAAAUAUUUCACGUUUAAACCUGUUAGGAAGUGACCAUUUUUAUUUGGACAGAAAUUUGCUGAAACUCAUUUAAUCUCUUUUAAUAAAUAUAGUUUUGAUAAUUUAGAAGUUAUCAUCGGUUUUAUGGUUGUCACUCUUUCUGUAUGAAACCACUUAUGUAAACGAUGAUCUGAAAGUGUUUCUGACUGAGCAAGUUCAAAUAAAAGCUUCGUCAAACCUCA